AUGUCUAAAUGUGCCCAAUCCAAUGAUGAUAAUGAACCUGGCUUGAAGCAGCUCAGGGUUGAAGAAGACAUUACUGCACUGUAUGAUCAACAUGCAUGGGGAAUUCUUCAUCAGUUCCUCACCACCAAUAUGACAAUGCUUGAGAUGGAUAACACUCUUGCAUCAUACCUCAGUGAUAGAUACUUUGCCAAUGAUUGGGUAGAACCCCAAUGUGCAUUGUUCUCCGGUGAAGGAGAUGAUGGCAAAUCCUUGGCCAACCUUGACCAACUCAUGGCCAAGCAUGUAACCCCUACAGCCCCCUCUCCUCCACCCAAAGACUCUUCUGCAUCCAUAUCUACAUCGAGGGUGGCCAGCUGCUUGUCAAGCUCAUGCAGAGGGCGAUCCCAUGGGCCACCUAAAUCUACUCAUAAUCCAUAUAUCAUUGUUGAGGCUUCUGAAGAUGAAGAUGAGAAUGAUGAUGAGGAGGAGGACAAUGAAGAUGAGGGUAGGCAGUUGGAACAGUCACAGAAAGUCAUGCACUCAUUAGGACUGUUGGCAAAAGAGAGGUUGGCCAAAAAAAUCAAUGAUUUGGCCAAUAGGUUCAAAGAGAAUCUGGGCAACUCAUCACAAGGUCACUGUGCUCUCACUUCCAGAGCAACCUCAAUCCCAUUAUCUGCACUUAAAGCUUUGGCACCCCAAAGCAGGAUGUAUCUACUUUAUAUUCAAAGAACUGCUAUGGAAUAUAUCACUGAACACCUUCAGAGCCAAAAUCUUCCCAUUACCAUAUUGGCUUGGGUAGCAGGCCAACUUUACAUAGUUGCAGAUAGUCCCAAGAUGAUCUGUGACUCACUUCCCACCUUGCACAGUCUUGCCAUAAAGCAAUGUCUUUGCAUCACAGAUGCAGAACGUGAAGCUGUCGAAGGUUCACUGUUCCAACUUCCUGACCCAGCUUGGGUGAAGGUCAAACAUGCCCUGCACAGGGGCUACAUAGGCAGAGUGGAAUCCCAGACAGAGAGUUCUGUCAAGGUCUUGAUUCCUCCAUCACGCUUUCCCUAUCCAAUGCCUCAGGGAACUCAAGCACUGCUCAAUCAAUCUCACCUCCCAACCAAUAAGAUCAUUUCCAAUAUCAUUCAUGACAAUGAAGUAGUAGGAUGGACAUAUGAAGGACAAAGCUAUUUCAUGGGUCUCCUACUGAAAGACUUCCUUCGCGAUAACCUUGAACUUCUUGCCUCCCCUCAUAUUGACAAUAUUUGGCUCCAUCUCAAAUCCAGAUGGGACAAACCAUUCCUGAAGAAAGCUGUGGUAUUGUUUUCAAUGCAAUUUUUGCACACAGGUGAUUGGGCCAGGGUCAUCAGAGGUUCUCUUCAUGGAGAGUCAGGUCAGGUCAUCUUGAUGGACCAUGCAGUUGGUUCUGCAAGCUUGGAGUUUACCUUCAAUGGACAUCCAGAACAAAUAGAGGUUUGCCUCAAAGACAUAGAGCGCAUAUUUUGGGUCAGCAACACCAUCAAAGUUGUAGCUGAUAUCACCAACCAACAGGUGGAAGUUUCUAAGUACUACUUGGAUUGGUGUCCCUUGAAUCACACUGUGCACUUGCAACUACCAAUGCAACAAUAUCUCGAGCCUCCCGCCGACUCCGACUCCAUUGAAAUUGGAGACCACAUAGAAGUGCUGGAGGGCAAGCAUGUAGGGAAAUGCAGCAUUGUGGAUUGGUAUGCCAAGGGGUCAACUCACCUGUGGUUCUGGGAUGUCAUCACUCAGGAUGGCAGAGAGACCAGCUCUGAACUCUCCAGUAUUCGAGUCCCAGUAGCAAUAGUUCAGCAGACAAGCCUCACCUGCACCAUCCAGUACACAAAGGAUAAGGGUUAUGAUGUCAGGCCAGGAGACAUCAUGACUGUUGCCUGUGGACCAGAGUAUCAGGCAAAAGGGGUUGUGCACAGCAUUGAUAUUCCAAACACUCAUUUGACCAUACUAUGUGAUGAUGACCAAUCACUCAUAACCAGGAAGUCUUCAUUAUUUGUGGCAACUGGAAGGGCUACUGAGCCACACUCUACUCUCUUUCCUUGGAGACCUGUACUGUUGCUGUGCAUGGGCAACAGUGCAUCACACUCAAACUGCAUGACGUUGUUACCAGGUCCCAGCCCAUCGUCAUCCAACAUAUGGUCCACCUGGUCUGCAAGCUCCGAGGCUGAUAAGGCACAUGAUGCCACACUGAGCAUCAAUCCCACCUCAUCGACACACGACCCCUGGACUGUUGCCCAAGACUCCAAAGCAGAGAAAUUGCUGGACAGCACUUGUCCCAAUCCAUUCUGCAGUGACAAUGGACCUGUGCCUGAGGGUUAUGUCGCUGCAUUCUGCACAUCUAAUGGUCAAUCUGAGCCCAGCUCAUCCAUGCAAGAAAAACCAACAGUGCCUUGUUCUGGGUGGGGCUCACUGCAGGGCACUUGGAACUAUUGUGAAUUGUUGGAUGAAGAAAAAGACCGUUGA